AUGGAAAGUCUCGGGACCACUUGCUUUGCAGCCUUGCGGCGUCUGCGGCACCUGGUCCUUGCAAGGCUGAGUGGUUGCAGUGCUUCAUGUGAGGAUGAGCCGUGCAAGCUAUGCCCGUCGGCCAAGGCGCAGCGAAAAGACAUGUGGAAGGAAGCCCAGCAAAUGGCACAAGGAAUUUUACGCGAAUGGAUGGAAGAACAUCCAGGUGAGAUGAUGCCUGACGUGGUGCUGCAUCUAUGUCAUGUGAAAAUCAAGGAGUCAUUUCCCCUGGGCGAUCGAAGUCAAGAACUUCAGGCCUUUGUCCGCUAUGCUCACUUGGACUUGCUCAGGGUGAAAGACCCACCGAGGAAGCUGCGUUCCGAGGAGGACUGGCAACGCUUGUUCCCUCGCUACCCCGCUUUGGACAAUGGCUUUUUGGUCAGCUUCGAACCAUCAGAUUCGCUCGGUAUCCGAGAAGCUUUACACAAAUAUGGAUUCUGCAUCGUGAAAGUUCUCACAAGAGAAGAAUGUGAGAAGAGUGUCAUCGCAAUGUUUGAGGAAAUCAAUUCUCUGCGCAACAAGAAGGGCAUUGAAGGCCCCUUGAUUGAGGUAGAUGAUCCCUCUACAUGGGCUGACAAGAACUGGCCAUCUUCCUCAAAAUUUCUGAUCGACUCAAUUGCCCUACACCCGCAAGCCUUUGCCAACCGGUGUUCCAGGGAAAUCUACAAAGCGUUUCAAAACAUAUUCGAAGAGUCGCGUUUGCAUGUUUCUGUCGACAAGUGGGGAGUGGCACGUGGAGCCAACGACAGGCCAAGAUGGCGAGUAGGUCUGAAACCGCAUUGGGAUGUGAAUCCCUGGCAAUGCCUUAGAGACCUUGAGAUGGGCAAUCCAGGCUACCAAGGUGUGGUGGCAUUGCGUGAUCACGACCUGGAGACCGGCUGUCAUCUCACUCUUCCAGGCUGUGCCCACUUCCUGAAACAAUGGAGUCUUGAACGGAAACUGGAGAAAGUCUCGAAGUCCAUGAAAUCCUUCAGAGCAGCUGAAGACGAUCCAAUUCUUCGGUACAUGCAACCUGUACCCCUGCAGCAAGGUGAGAUGGUGAUCUGGUCUGUUGCACAGUUGCAUGGCUCUACUCACAACAAGAGCGACAAGAUGCGUUUGACACAGUACAUUCGCAUGUUUCCCGCUAAAGAAGCAGAGUGGAACAUCAACUACGAUGAUCGUGACGGUUUCAGUUGCACCAGAGUCCUGCCUAAAUGCCUUCGAGCGGGAGACUUGGACCACAGUCAGCUGGAAAGUCUAGACCACUUUAGUCGGCAACUUUUAGGGCACACCUAUGCUGUGGACGCAGUUUGCGUGGCAGACCAAGAUCGCUUCGUGUCUGGUGGCCAGGAUGGCCAAGUUAUGCUUUGGUCGAGUGCUUCUAAGAAGCCCCUGGCCACAAGCUCAUUAGGAGAAGGGAAGUGGGUGGCUUCCCUUGCUGCGAUCAAGCAAUCCAAUGUCUUUUUCUCCGGUUCAGUGGACGGAACGUUUCCUGGCUUGAUGCUCGCAAUCCCGCACCUGUCCUUCUUUUCAAGUUUAAGUUACUUUGGCCAAGCCCCUGGCUUGAUUGUACUUGAAGGACAUCAGUUUCCUCACAUUGACCUGCGCCACUAG